GCUAGAGCGAAAGAGAGCUAGAAGAUACACGGCUAGAGAGAGAGAGAGAGAGAGAGAGCAAAAGACAACAACAGGAAACGCACACCGCAAGAGGACUCAAACAGCAAAACUCAUGAUGCAACAGCAGGAGAAGCUGUUGCUGGUGGCGCUGUGCAUUAUGGCCAGCACGCUUACAACACUGGCACUGGGAGAACAAACGCUGGCAGCAGCAGCGGCGCAGCAAUCGCCGGCUAAGCUAGAGCAGAAUCCGUGCACGAACAAGGACACGUGCCACGAGUGUAUUCAGACACAGAACUGUGGAUGGUGCAUGAAGCCAGAUUAUGGAGAUCGGUCGCGUUGCUUUUUGCACACACCGAAGGCGGAGAUCUGUCCGGAGGAGUACAUUUGGAAUCCCGAUACAUCCGAGCGCAUCUUGAUCAACAAGGAUCUGACAUUGGCCAGCGGUGGUGCCGCUUGGGCGGGCGGUCAAUAUGCUUCGGGUGUUGGCUACGAGAGCAGCGCCCACGGCCAGAGCUCGGCAUCGGGCUCGUAUAGUGCCUCCAGUUCCAGUUCCAGCUACGGUUCCAGCUCCAGCUCCGGGUCCAGCUCCGGUUAUAGUGCCAGCUCCAGCUCAGGCGGCUACGGCGCAGCGGUCAGUGGUGCAGCAGCAGCUGGUGAAAUUGUGCAGAUAAAGCCACAACGCGUUAGCCUCAAGCUCCGCAUUAAUGAGGUUCACAAUCUGGAUGUUAGCUACUCACAGGCCGUCGACUAUCCCGUUGAUCUCUACUAUUUGAUGGAUCUGUCCAAGUCCAUGGAGGACGACAAAGAGAAACUCUCGGCCUUGGGCGAUAAAUUGUCCGAGACAAUGAAACGCAUUACAUCCAACUUCCGUUUGGGCUUCGGCUCAUUUGUGGACAAGGUGCUGAUGCCCUAUGUAUCCACCAUACCCAAAAACCUGGAGGAGCCAUGUCCCAAAUGCGAUGCUCCCUAUGGCUAUCGUAACAUCAUGGGCUUGAGCAUGGACACAUAUAGAUUCUCUAACGAGGUGAAGGAGGCGGCUGUCUCUGGAAAUUUGGAUGCACCUGAAGGUGGCUUCGAUGCCAUAAUGCAGGCGAUUGCCUGCCGACAGCAGAUCGGCUGGCGCGAGAAGGCGCGUCGUUUGCUAGUGUUCUCAACGGACGCGGGCUUCCAUUAUGCCGGCGAUGGCAAAUUGGGCGGCGUGAUUACACCGAAUGAUGGCGAAUGCCAUUUGAAUGCACAGGGCAUGUACACGCAUUCGAUAAUACAGGAUUAUCCGAGCAUAUCGCAGAUCAACCAGAAGGUCAAACAGAAUGCGAUCAACAUUAUCUUUGCCGUCACACAGAAUCAGUAUGCCGUCUAUCAGAAGCUGUCCGCUCACAUUGAGGGCUCGUCCAGCGCCAUUUUGUCCAAUGAUUCGUCCAAUGUGGUGGAUCUGGUGCGCGAGGAGUAUGGCAAAAUCUCAUCGACGGUGGAGAUGAAGGACAAUGCCACUGGAGAUGUUAAGGUCACGUAUUUGUCUAGCUGCCUGACCAAUGGACCCCAGAUCAAGACGAACAAGUGCAGCGGUCUCAAGGUCGGCGACAAGGUCACCUUUACGGCUCAAAUAACGGUGACCAAAUGUCCAACUGAUCCACGUCAUUGGAAUCAGGCCAUUCAAAUCUAUCCGGUGGGAAUUAACGAAAGCAUGAUCAUUGAUCUGGAGAUGCUGUGCUCCUGUCCCUGCGAGCAUGCCGGCUCCACUGGCUACGAGCUGCACUCGCAGAAGUGUCACAACCACGGCACCUAUAUGUGCGGCAUCUGUGAGUGCGACGAGCAGCAUUUUGGUAACACCUGCGAGUGCUCCACGUCUGAUAUGCAUUUGAAUAAGGUCAAUGAUAAUAUGUGCCGGCCGAGCAACGAUACGAGCGUGGCCGAAUGCAACGGUCGUGGCAGCUGUGUGUGCGGCGCCUGCGAAUGCCACAAGCGCACCAAUCCCGACGAGAUCAUCUCGGGCAAGUAUUGCGAGUGCGAGAACUUCAGCUGUGAGCGACGCAAGAAUUUGUUGUGCUCGGGCCCCGAUCACGGCACCUGCGAGUGCAAUCGCUGUGUGUGCAAGCCCGGCUGGACGGGCAACAGCUGCGACUGCCAGACAUCGAAGGACACGUGCAUGCCACCAGGCGGCGGUGAGAUCUGCUCGGGCCACGGCACCUGCGAGUGCGGCGUCUGCAAAUGCAAAUCGAUGGACGAGGGCCGCUACUCGGGCAAAUAUUGCGACAAGUGCCCGACAUGCUCGGGCCGUUGUCACGACCUGAAGGACUGCGUCCAGUGCCAAAUGUAUCAGACGGGUCAGCUGAAGAACGGCGAUGAUUGCGCCAAGAACUGCACCACAUUCACGGCCAUUAGCGUUGACACGGUCAAGAUCGACGAGCACAAGGACGAGCAGCUGUGCGUGUUCUUCGACGAGGAUGAUUGCAAGUUUACGUUCAAAUACAGUGAGGUGGGUGAGCUAGUCGUCUAUGCCCAGCAGGAGAAGGAAUGCCCGCCCAAGGUCUUUAUGCUAGGCAUUGUCCUGGGCGUCAUCGCCGCCAUUGUUCUCGUUGGCUUGGCCAUAUUGCUGCUCUGGAAGCUGCUGACCACCAUACACGAUCGUCGCGAAUUCGCACGCUUCGAGAAGGAGCGCAUGAAUGCCAAAUGGGACACGGGCGAGAAUCCUAUCUACAAGCAGGCCACAUCCACCUUCAAGAAUCCCAUCUAUGCGGGCAAAUAAUUUGCAAUGCGAAUGUGCCCAUUGUUUUCAUUAGUGAAAUUUGCCAUUCUAAACACUGACUGUCCACUAUUAUUUACCGUUUGCUAACCCAACUGAAUCAAUCAGCCAGCCAAUUGCUUCAGUCAAUUGAAGCAGCUUCCUUUUUCUAUCCUCUCUUACAUCAAAUGGUGCGCGUGCCACAUGCAACAACAAACAACAACAAGAAAACAAAAUGCUUGAACAAAAGUCAAACUGCCAUUGAAACGCGU